CUUUGUCUCUUUCUUUUUUCUCACAUGGUUGUCGGAUUUGUGUCACCACAGAACCUGGUUUUCACUUUCUCUCAUCACGACCACUAAAACCCCAUAUAUAAAUACCAAACACACACACACACACACACAAAAACUCAACUCAGUCACUUACUGUGUCUUGAUAGAGGUUUCUUUCUUCUCUGUUUUAUCAAAAAUUUAAUUUAUGGCUUCAAUAUCAUCAUCUCACAACCUUACCUUCCCAAACACCAAAAUCCCUUCCCACCCUUAUCUCAAAAGACCAAACUACCCUUCCUCCUCUUCCCCACCGUUCCUUUCUCGGCUUUCCGACUCUGCCCUCUGCCGCUGCCGCCACGACUCCACAUCUUCAUCUUCAUCCGAUGACUGGCGGUGGGACUCGCUCCUCAAGAGCGCAAUCAAGAGCUUCGAUUCUUUCUUCAAUCCUCGCCCCAACGAUCUUCACAGGGACGCCGGAAUUGCCGCCGCCGCCGCCGCCGCCGACGAAGAGAAACGACGCGAAGAAGAAGACUGGAAUUGGGAACGCUGGCGAAAGCAUUUCGACGAAAUUGACUCCCAAGAGCGACUCGUUUCUAUCUUGAAGUCACAGUUAGGUCGUGCUGUUUUUACAGAGGAUUAUGAAGAUGCUGCGAGGCUCAAAGUGGCCAUUGCAGCUGCAGCUACUAAUGACACCGUUGGCAGAGUCAUGGCUUAUCUCAAUAAAGCUGUAGUGGAAGAGCGAUUCCAGGAUGCGGCUUAUAUAAGAGAUAAUGCUGGUGCUGGAUUGGUGGGAUGGUGGGCUGGCAUUUCAAAAGAUAUUAAUGAUCCUCUUGGUUUAAUAAUUCGGAUAACACCAGAGCAUGGAAGAUAUGUGGCAAGAAGUUAUAGCCCUCGGCAACUUGCUACAGCUGCAGCUGGUGUUCCAUUGUUUGAAGUAUUCCUUAGAGUGAAUAAGAGAGGUGAAUACAAAGAGCAGGCUGUGUUCUUAAAUCGGAGAGGAUUUUUUCAAGAUUCUCCAACAGUUCGCUCUAAAGCAUUGGAUGCCACUGGAAAUUUGAAUCCGUUAGACUCAACUGAAGACAAAAGUGAUCUAAUUGUUGUGAAUACUGAAGAUCCUGAAGAUGGUGAUGAUAGGGAUGAUAGUUCUGAUCUAGCUGAAGGUCUGUCUGGUUUCCAGAACAUCUUGAGAGAUAUGAUUCCUGGUGUGAAGGUCAAGGUUUUAAAAGUGACGGCACCGGGGAAGGUAGACAGGGAUUUAAUAUCCAAGGUUAUUGAGCAGAUAAUUGAGGAAGAAGAUGAAGAGAAGGACAAUGAGAUAGAAAGUGUAGAAGCAAAAGAUGAAGUUAAUGGGGAAAGUGACCAAGAGAGUGAUGGAGUUAAUGAGGAAAGUGACCAACAAAGUGAUGAAAGUGAAAUGGAUGAUGAUCCUGAAAUUAUUGAAAGUGAAGACCGAAAUGAAAUUGCUGUUAAAUUUGUUGUUGGCGGUCUUGCUCAGAAACUUUCCAACAGUGGGCCUACUAAAGAUUUACUCCGUGUACCUGCUAAGCUAGAGAAGAAGGGGCAUUUGUCAUUUUGCUUUUCUAUAGAGAAAAAUAUCACUCAGCAUGAUUCUGGUGGCAAGGAACAAGCUUCAGUAGAUAAAUCAGCUAAGCGUCGAGUUCAACGCAGCAUCGACCAUGUUAUGUUUGAUCUUUCUAAAUUCAUCGGUAGGGAGAAGAUACCUUUGAAGGUACUCAAAGAUGUUGGUGAAUUAAUAAAUCUCACACUCAUCCAGGCUCAAAAUUAUCAAUCAUUGUCUGGAUCAACAACCUUCAAUCGCAUUGAAAUACCAACUUCAUCAGAUCCUCUGAAUGGACUUUACAUUGGUGCACAUGGGCUGUACACCUCGGAAGUCAUUCAUCUGAGACGCAAAUUUGGUCAGUGGCAAGAAGAUGGUGGGAAAAAGGAGCCUUCAGAUCUUGAAUUUUAUGAAUAUGUAGAAGCUGUGAAACUUACGGGUGAUCCUUAUGUACCAGCUGGCAAGGUGGCAUUCCGUGCAAAGGUUGGAAAAAGAUAUCAGCUUCCACAUAAGGGGAUUAUUCCAGAAGAAUUUGGAGUGAUUGCUCGUUAUAAAGGUCAAGGUAGGCUUGCUGAUCCUGGGUUUCGCAAUCCUCGAUGGGUUGAUGGUGAACUUGUCAUUCUUGAUGGAAAGUACAUUAAAGGAGGGCCUGUUGUUGGAUUUGUCUAUUGGGCCCCUGAACUACAUUUCUUGGUGUUCUUCAAUAGGCUAAGGCUUCAAGAGUAGAUUCUCGCUGUACAUACUAUGUUCCAGCAUGUAAAUCCUUUGUUCAGAUUUUGUAGAUAGUAGAGCCUAUCAUUACAGGCCUUCCUGUAUCAUCUUUGUUGUGCAGUUGUAGAAGAUAUAUAUUAGCGAAAAGUUGGUUUUUCUCCCCAAAGCAGCAGAGAAAGCCUGAAGAUCUUCGGCUGUAUGUCCUAUAUUAGCGAAAAGUUGGUUUUUCUCCCCAAAGCAGCAGAGAAAGCCUGAAGAUCUUUGGCUGUAUGUCCUAUGCUCACCCAACUGACUGGCUUAUUGACUCAAUGUAACCAUUGCAGUUUUUUGUUUGUUUUUUGACAAACAAGGGUAUUCAGACAUUUUCGAGUAUCUGACUAUUCACUGGGGUGUAUUGUAGCUUUAAAUUGCAACAAAUGGUGCUCCCAUUUCUCAUUUAUUGGAGCAACCCCUUACAUCAAUGUAUUUUUUAGUUUUUGUUUUACUACAAAUUAAUUGCUAAUUAUCAGGGCUUUGUCUGGUAACUUGAUCAGAAUAUGCUUUAUAUUUUAACUCUUAUUUGAUA